CCACCAACAGGCACAACAACACCAACAGCAGGACCAUCGUGGUAAUUAUACCUUGGUACGGUCGCUGGGCUAUGGAUAUCCUGCAUCUGGAAUUGAGAUGGCAGUGGGGGGAAUGCUGGGGGGCGUAGGAGGAGGGGGCGCAGAGAGUGGUUAUGUGGGCGGAGCGCAGAGAUUGGGGGCGGCGGCUUCCAUUUCCAGCGCCGCCGCAGUCGCCGCCGGUUCAGGUGGGGGAAUUGGUGUUGCAGACCGUGAGAGUCUGCGGGAUGUAGUGACUCGCGGGGGGGCAGGGAAUGAGGAUUUUGUGAGCCUGUAUGGUAGAGUGAGGCAGCGUGAGGACGAUCCCUCCGCCGUGCAUCGUGGGGGAGGCGGCAGCUUUGUGGCUUAUGCUUCUGCAACUAGGGUUGUUGAUCAUGAUCAUGUCGACCACCAUUCUUCGAUUCCGCAGUCUUUGCUCACCAGUGCACUUCAUAGGGAUGAAGAGGGUGGAGGAGUGGAUCAUGGGGAGAUUCAAGUUUGGCAGCAGCAUGCUAGGGAUCUGAGAGACGAGGAGUCUAAGGAUAAAGCUGCCAUGGCGUCUCAAAUGCGUGCUAUGGAAAUCUCAGGUCAGCAGGGUGGACCUGAGAGGAGAGGAAGCUGUGAAUUGUCUGGUGGUGGUGGUGGUGGGGAUCAGUUGCAGCUGAGUAAGGUUGAUGGUGGGAAAAAGGGGGUUGGGGUUGGGGUUGGAGGCGGUGGAGGAGUUUUGGCAGUGGCGGGGAUUUCGACUGCGAAUCCGAAUUCAAACACUACGACCUGUCAGGAUUGUGGUAACCAGGCGAAGAAAGAUUGCAUUCAUUUGCGCUGCAGGACCUGUUGCAAAAGCCGAGGAUUUGAUUGUGUAACUCAUGUGAAAAGCACUUGGGUUCCUGCUGCAAAACGGCGAGAGAGACAGCAAGCAGAGGCCGCCGCCAUUGCAUCUGGGCAUCCGAGGCCUAAGAGCAAAAGAGCCCGUUUUGUUUCCCCUUCCAAUGCAGCAACUACUUCUCAUACUUCUACUUCGGCUAAUACCCCUCCUCGGAGCUCUGAUAUCAAUUCUACACAAAUUGCUCACCAAGAUUUAAAUUUCAAGGCCAGUUUACCGGCGGAAGUAAAGACUGAAGCAGUUUUCAAGUGUGUAAGGGUGACGGGGAUCGAAGACGGCGAAGACGAAUACGCAUACCAGACUACUGUAAGGAUCGGCGGUCACAUUUUCCGGGGAGUUCUCUAUGAUCUCCGGGUCGAAACCGCCAACACGACUGCAAAUCUGCCGGAACUUCAACUGGGUGGAAGAAGUAUUCCUUCAACAUCAACCAUGAUAGAUCCCGGAGGAGGAGUCUACGGCGCUCAAGGCAGCGGCGGCAUACUUGGAGGAUUUCAAUAACUACAAGGCAUCACAAGAGCAACAGCAAUUCUAUGGAAAUAGCGGGAGAUUCAUGGAUUUUGACAUUUCCAGAAAUGAAACUUACAAGAGCCAUUUUGACCGAACAACCAUGGAGCUCUGAGAUCCACUGUAGUCCAAAGUUAAUGCAAGUUUUUGUAUUAGUACUGCCUGUAGUCGGCAGACUUCAUUCACCAGGUACACUGUGCUACAGUCAUCAUUCUGUGUAGAUAUUCAGGCUUAGAAAUGGCUACUUUUGUUGCAAGAGAGGUCUUCAAGGAGGUUCCACAUUCCAUUUGCAGUUAAUGUUUUAAACAUUGUUUACACCUUUAUAAGUAGAAGUGGGAUAUGCCUUGGGAGUCGCAAUCUUACUCAAAGUAGCUUUCUUACAGUGGUUGUUAUUGAAUAGUAGAUGAGUUGUAGUUUAGUGAAUAUGCUUAAUUCUUGUUUGAAUGGGCAUGUUCUUUUUAAAAUAAUUGAUGUUAUUGAAAUUUCAUGUUUUAUGAGUUAAA